AUGUCCUUUAGCAAAAAGGCAUUUCAUACAGCAUGUCGACAGUUGCAUACAACAAGACUGCAGAGACCCAUCAGCGUGGCUCCUAUGGUUGAUAUUACGACACCUCAAUUUCUUGAGCUAUUACAUAUCAUCAGUGGCCAAGAUCGGUACGAGUACUACACUGAGAUGCACCAUAGUCAUGCCAUUAUAAACCAUGCCUCUCAUUUGCAUCGAUUCGUUGGUAACCCAAGGCCCAAUGUCACUGUUCAAUUGGGCGGUUCGGAUGUAGAAGCCAUGGCUACAGCAACCAAACUAUUGCAAGAUCACGGCUACGCUCAAGUAAAUAUCAACAAUGGAUGCCCUAGUCCCAAUGUCCAGCAUGGUAAAUUUGGAGCAGUGCUAAUGAAAACCCCACAACUAGUAGCCGAUAUGCUGACAGAGAUGGAGAAGCGCCAUGUCACGAUACCAGUAACUGUCAAAUGUAGAACAGGCAUUGAUGAUCAAGAUGAUUUUGGAUUUUUACAACACUAUGUGGAUACACUAUUGACAGGCACAACAAGACCUCCACCUCAUCUGAUUGUCCAUGCCCGAAAAUGCAUCUUGAAGGGAUUGUCACCAAAGCAGAAUCGAAGUAUCCCUCCACUCAACUAUGAGCGAGUGUUUGAUCUGAGCAAAGCAUUCCCGGAUCUACCAAUCACUAUCAAUGGUGGAUUCACCACUGUGGAGCAGAUCAACAUGAUGGUGGAAAAAGUAGAUGGUUGUAUGAUUGGAAGAAAAGUCAUGGACGACCCUAUGUUUCUCCAAGAGAUUGAUAAAUCCAUCUACAACCAGCAACAAGUCAAAACCAUUGAGCAGAUCACUUCUGACUAUUUAGAUUACGCUGACAGACUCUAUUCCACUCGUCUGGAUAAAGAAGACUAUGGCUUACCCCCACUCACACUGAUGGUUCGACCUCUGAUGGCUUUGUACAAGGGCAAGAAGGGCCGUAUAUUCCGUCGAGAGAUACAAAACACACUGAAAUCCGAUACGCCAUCAAAUCAAUUCUCCACAUUGGUGACAAAUGCAUUGAAUAAAAGUGUUGUUUCCAUGUAA